UCACCUUCCAAGAACCAACCCAUUCCGCUGGUGAUCUACGACAGAGGCACGCGGCAAACACCACUCCUUACACAAUAUACACAGAACAUAGACGAGUCAGCAAUGGAGGACGCAGAGCAGAUACGGCGGAAGCGUCUGGAGAGGAUGGCAAAGCUCGCCGCUACCUCCGCCAGUCCAGCAUCCCCCACUCCCGCAGGCUCCUCGCCGGCCACUCCCACGCCGGCCGUGACUCCCACGAUCACAGCCUUGAAGCAGCCUUUGAAAGUUGAGCCCAAGGCGGCAGUGAAGCAGGGCCCGCAGCAAACGAAUGUCCCGAGCCCCUCGCCGAAAUUCUCACCGUCCGCCGCGACUGCCAGGAUAUUAGCGGACUUUCUGGAGCGCAGCCAGGAGGAUUGGGAGAAUGAAGUGUUCGAGGAUAUCCUGCAGUGCUGUCUUAGGACCGAUCGGAGCAGUCAAAAGAGAUACACGGAUCUCGCAGAUGUGAGAGCGGAGAUGGAAGGUGAAGGGCUUCCAUUGAAGAUCACGAAGGAGCAGGUGGAGCGCGCCUUGUACGCACGGCUAUCCCUACAGAGCAAUGAAGCUCCGAACGCCAUUCCCCUGUUCGACUACCUUGUGGGUGCGUGGAAGCGAUCGAACGAAGCACGGAGGAGGAUCGAGAUCGUUGUGGAAAAGGUCCCGGGCAACGAACAAGUCCUAUCCGCUUUCAAGGCGCGGACGGAGGCCCUGUCGACGUUACAGGAGCUGAUCCUCAACUAUAGCGCGCUGGUUGUGAAUCCGGACAUGAAUAUGAGCUUCCCGCAACCACAGAGUGUUAUCGAAGAAGGCCCGUCCUUGCUAGCGAAGCAUCUACUGCUCUCAAACCAGGACGAGGCAGACGAGAAGCUGCCGCCAACUUUCCUCGAGCAGUUCUUCUCGCGCUUCCAGGACGACCAGGACUUGCUCCUCACGUUGCAGUACAUGAUAAGCACGAUAUCAGCGGACAUGCGACAGAAGAACCUCCUCAAGGACUACAACACCCCUUUGCGGGCGCUGCACACGUUGAUAUCUCAAAAAAAGGUCGCGUCGCUGCUACCGAACCUUCCGCAAUGGAAAGCGACGGGGGGCAGCAUGGAGGUCGUGACGGUGCUUGGGCCGUUUUUUGGCCGUCUGACCGCGUUUCCGGGAGCGGAUCCGACACUGGCUGAACACUACUUUGGAAGCGGGGCUACGUUUGGGGACCGGGCGGCGCGGAUGAGUGAUGGCUUCUACAUUGGGGCGCGGAAUCCGGGGGAUGUCAAGUCGGCGAUGACUUCGCUGAGGAGUAUUGUGCAAGGAGUUCAGCAUCGUAUUCAUGGUCUCGUCAUGACCAUCAUAAAAUCUGCUCCAGAAGCACGGGAAGGUGUUUUACAGUACUUUGGAACGGCAAUUGAGAGCAACGUAAAGCGUGGUCGCAUGCAGGUCGACCCACACGAAGUCUCCUCAGACGGCUUCAUGUACAGCCUCCUCCAAACAUCCCUCCUCCUCACCGACCCAAUCAUGGACUCCAAAUACAGCAAGCUCCACCUCAUAGACCCAGACUACUUCACCUACUCCACCCGCAUCGACCUCUCCGAACAGACCCGGAUCAACAUCGACAAGGAACAGUACGAGCAGCACGUCGCAGACUGGAAAGCGAGCCACCCGGACCAGACAGCCGCGAACUUCGUCUCGGAUAUCUUCUUUGUCACUCUGGCGAUGCACCAUUAUGGGAUUUUGAGCACGAUCCGCACAUAUGGGAGUCUGAUUAAGCAGACGGAGGAGCUGAGGAAGCAUGUGGAUAAGAUGGUCCAGGAUAGGAACGCGGGGGUGUGGGCUCCUGGGGCGAGGGUGAUGAAUGAGGGGCUGUUGAAGCGGUUUCAGAAACAACUAGACAUCGCCAUCUCCUUCAAACUGUGUAUGGACACCGGUCUCAGGGAUCGCGGCGGCAUCGCACAUUCCUUGCGCUUCUAUGACCUAGUCAUGAUGUGGCUGUUGCGAUGCCUCUCGCUCGAUAAUGCGAAUGUGCAUCAUCCGGCGGCGAAGACGGGCGACGCGGUUGAUUGGGCUAUGGUUGCGAGGGGUGAAGUCUCCAGUUUGACGGCUACCGGAUCACCGCCUCCAGCACCGUUUGUCCACACCGACGCGCCACCACCCGUCACGUUCGCAUCGCUCCCGGAAUGGAUCAUUGAGGAUAUUUGCGAAUACUACCUCUUUGUGGCCAGAUACGAAGGCCCAACCUUCGAAACCGUCCCCCGUGACGUCUUCCUCACCUUCACCAUGUCCCUCCUCGCCAACCCGCACUACAUUAAGAACCCGCACCUGAAAUCGAAAUUCGUCGAGAUCCUGUUUACCUUCACGUGGCCGCUGUACCGCACCGAGUCGGGCGAAGGGAGGGGGUUCUUGGAUGGGAUUUUUUGUACGCAUCCGUUGGCGAAGGAGUUGUUGGUGGAGAAUUUGAUGCGGUUUUAUGUUGAUGCGGAGCACACGGGCGCGUCCAGCCAGUUCUACGACAAGUUCAACAUCCGGUACAACAUCUCGCAGGUCCUGAAAUCGAUCUGGGCCGAUGCGGGGCACAAGAAGAAGGUCGUGCUUAUGAGUCAGAACACGCAAUUCUUCACCCGCUUCGCCGCCCUGUUGAUGAACGACGCCACAUACCUCCUGGACGAGUCGCUGUCGAAGUUGAAGCAGAUCCAGCAGAUCCAACAUGAAUUGGAGACGCCUCUCAACCCCAACGCAACCCAAGAAGAACAAACCCGCCACACCGAACGCGCCGCGCACCUCAAACAACUCGAAGGCCAAGCCGUCUCCUACAUGUCCCUCGGCAACGAGACCGUCCACAUGCUGCAAUACAUGACCGCCAACCCGGAAAUUGUGCAGCCGUUCAUGGAGCCUGAAAUCGUCGAAAGGCUCGCGGCGAUGCUGGAUUUCAAUAUCGCCGCUAUGGUCGGGCCUCGAUGUACCGACUUGAAGGUUAAGAAGCCUGAGAAGUACCGCUUCGAACCCAAGAAACUCCUCAAAGAGCUGGUCGAGAUCUACCUCAACCUCGCGCACCGCCCCGAGUUCGUCACGGCCGUUGCGCGCGAUGAGCGUAGUUAUAAGAGGGAUCAUUUUAUACGUGCUGGAGGGAUUUUGUUGAGGAAUGGGAUUAAGAAUGAGGGGGAACUGCAACCGCUACAUGAGUUUAUUGAACAAGUGGAACGCGAGAUUGUAGCAAGCCAUGAGGAAGAGGAGGAGUUGGGGGAGAUUCCGGAUGAGUUUUUGGAUCCAUUGCUGUUCCACCUCAUGGAAGACCCCGUCAAGCUGCCGAGCAGCGGGCAGAGCGUAGACCGGUCGACGAUUAAGAGUUAUUUGUUGGGGGAUAAGAUUGAUCCUUUCAAUCGACAACCGUUGAGUAUCGAUCAGGUUAUUCCAGACACGGAACUGAAACAAAAGAUCCAGGAAUGGCGUCGGUCACGACGGAGUGCCAAGACUAACGCCACCAGCAACGAGGGUGGUGGGGAUGUCCAGGCCAUGGAUACCAGCUGAAACCGAUCAAGAUACCCCGAGGGUUUGCGUAGGAAGGUCCCUCUGAAGCGCCCCGCGUUGUUCUUUGUACAUGUUGAAAGUUAUGAGAUUUUGGUGAAGG